AUGGAGCGACGCUUCUGCGGACACCACCCGCAAGACCACCCCGAACCUUUGGACGCCGGCGAAUGCAUCAGCGCCGUCGUGGACGGGAAGAACUCGGGAAGGAAUAAGCACAGAUAUGUUGUCGCAACGCAAGACAUUGAGCUGCGGAGAGAACUCAGGGCAAUUCCGGGCGUACCCCUCAUCUACAUCAACAAGGGCGUCAUGAUUAUGGAGCCCAUGGCGUCGGCAUCGACAGAAGAGAGGACCAAAGAGGAGAGGACCAAAUUUAGAGCCGAGUUAAAAACGAACCCCGUGAAGCGGAAGAGGGCCGACGACGAAGAGGAGCCCAAGGGGUCCGCGGUCACGGAUGGGGCCAGCGAGGCGCAAAGUAAUGCCCAGGCGAGUGGUGAAGAAGGGCCGCAGAAGAAGAAGAAGAAGAAUUAUGGGAAAGCCCGCGGGCCGAACCCCCUCGCAGUAAAGAAGAAGAAGAAAACUGGACCAGGACAGAAGCCUGCGGCGGCGAGAAAAACGGCGGCAUAG